AUGGGCAAUGGGCCUCUGCAUCGCAGCGACCGCAUCGAGUGGAUGUAUUCUGCUGCUAGAGUCAAAGUCUGCCAUCUUCCUCCAUACUCUCCAGAUGUGAAUCCUAUUGGGGAGUUUUCUCCCGAACUGAAUGCGCUCAUUACAAAGAAGUGGGAAGUCUAUGAGAGGAGAAUCCAGACUAAGAUUUCGCGAUAUUUUUAG